AUGAGCGGACGUCCACGAACAACAUCCUUUGCUGAAGGGAAGCAACAGCCGGCCAAUUUGGUGUUAGGAGGCGUCAAAAUUAGCAGCAAGGAUGGCUCAAAAGUGACAACAGUGGUGGCAACACCGGGUCAAGGUCCUGAUAGACCCCAGGAAGUCUCUUACACAGAUACAAAGGUGAUCGGAAAUGGAAGUUUUGGUGUAGUUUUUCAAGCCAAACUUUGCGACACGGGUGAAUUGGUGGCCAUCAAGAAGGUGCUUCAGGACAAGAGAUUCAAAAACCGCGAGUUGCAAAUCAUGAGACGACUGGAGCACUGCAAUAUUGUCAAACUCAAAUACUUUUUCUACUCGAGUGGAGAAAAGAAGGAUGAAGUCUAUUUAAAUUUAGUAUUGGAGUACAUCCCUGAGACAGUCUACAAAGUGGCUCGUCAAUAUGCCAGAAAUAAGCAGACCAUACCAAUCAACUUUAUAAGGCUCUAUAUGUAUCAAUUAUUUAGGAGUCUUGCAUAUAUACACUCGUUAGGUAUUUGUCAUCGUGAUAUUAAACCACAAAAUUUGUUGCUGGACCCUGAAACGGCUGUGUUGAAAUUGUGCGAUUUUGGAAGUGCUAAGCAGUUAAUUCAAGGAGAGCCAAAUGUCUCAUACAUUUGCUCACGCUACUAUCGUGCUCCAGAACUUAUUUUUGGAGCCAUUAACUAUACUUCGAAAAUUGAUGUUUGGAGCGCUGGAUGUGUAUUGGCAGAAUUACUACUUGGACAACCGAUAUUCCCUGGUGAUUCAGGUGUUGAUCAAUUGGUCGAAAUUAUCAAAGUACUGGGAACACCAACACGAGAACAAAUUAGAGAAAUGAAUCCAAACUACACAGAAUUCAAGUUUCCCCAAAUCAAAAGCCAUCCAUGGCAAAAGGAUGAAAACAGUGAAAUCAACACUCAUUGCUUAAACGACUUAACUUCGUUUCAGCUAUUACUUGAGCAAAUGCAGCUCAAUGCACCUGCAUCCAUUGAACAACAGUGCAAGAGAGUUUUUCGUGCUCGCACUCCACCUGAGGCGAUUGGCUUAGUAUCAAGAUUACUGGAGUACACUCCAAGUGCACGAAUUACACCCCUGCAGGCCUGUGCACACCCUUUCUUCAAUGAUCUAAGGGAGUGCAGUCAGCGACUUCCCAAUGGAAAUGAAUUGCCACCAUUGUUCAACUUCACAGAACAAGAACUGUCAAUUCAACCGAGCUUAAAUGCCCAACUGUUGCAGAGUGCCCAGCCACAAGCUCAGGUACCCAUUGUGAAUGAUCACGCGGCUGUAGCAACGGGAUCAAGUCAAGUGGCUGGUGGAUCCUCACUAACGCAAGGAGAAAGUCAAUCGAUAGCACAGCACGUGACAUCCUCAACUGGAGGAGAUAUUUCCACGGCAGUGACUGGUGAUGGUGGAGGAUCCAGCCAAUUGGGAUUGGCCAAUAUCACGUCGACGACUCUGGGUUAAUAGUAAGCUCCAGAAGAUGAAAAGAAUGCCCUUUUCUAACUCGAGAUUUUUCCUUCCCAAGCAAUUUGACUAAGUUUCUUUUCUUUUUUUUAUAUUUUCUAAAUUCAAGAUCUAGAUAAUUUUUAGUGAAAAAAAUUAAUUUUGUUUGAACAGGAAGGAGAAAUCUAAUUAGUAAAAAAAAGUGGAACGAAGAGACAUGUAGAUGAAAGAGAGGAUAAUUCUUUUAUUUAUUUUUUAACAAAAAAAAAUCCACUCUUUUCUAAGGGAGAGAUCUUCCCAUACAUCCCGAAGUAGCUGCUGAAAUGAUAAAAUGAAAAACACUCAGAAUUUAAUGAGCUAGGUGUUAAAAAAAAUAGACAUGUGAGAUGUGUGUGAACGAAGUGCGAAAGAUAAUUUACUAAUAACGAUAGAUGAAGAAUACUAUUAUUAAAAGUUAUUUUUCUUAUAUGAAAAAAAAGGAACUGCAACAAGGAUUAAGGCCGAAAAAGAUAAAUUAAAAAAGUCAAAUGAAAAGUGGACCCACAUGGAAAAAAAUCAUAAUAAUAGCAGCUUCAAGAUAGAAAAUCGUCUCUUAUUGACUUCAAAUGGAAGAUAAAUAUAGAAAAAAAUAUAAAAAUUAUAUAAUAUUUAAUUAAAUUGUAAUGAUAUAUAUUAUCGUAAAAAAAAAGAAAAAAAAGAAUAAAAAAGGAAAUGAAUAUAGAUGAAUGAAGAGAAAGUGUAAGAGAAGUAAUCACGGAAUUCUAAGCUCCAGAAUAAGAGAAAAGAUAAAACACUGCGUGCUAAUAAAAUUGUAGUAAGUUUGUUGUUAUACUUGUAACUAUUAUACCUUAUUGAUGAUCAGAUAAUUGAGAAGAACAAAAUCUAUUAUAAAUAUUUAACAGCAAAAUAAGUAAAAGGAAAAAUUUAUGGAGGACUGUUAGUGUCCGAUAUAAAUCAUGUGGACAACAAAAUAUUACAUUUAGUACUUCAUGUUGGCUAAAAUUCAUCCUUUUUUAUCCACCCGGUGUUUUCUAUUUUUUUUUUUAAUUUUAUCCAGUGUAAAACGUGAGGAAUUUUAUUUAGGAAACACUUUUUUUUUAAUUUCUUGGCGUAAUUCCUGUUCUAACGUUUUACACUUUAAAGAAAAACUAAAGGCGUAUUGAACCUAAUUAUUUGUAUAUUUGUUUAAUAAAUGAAUAAUCUCUAAAGUAAAGAAAAAAAAAGAAAAAAAAAAAAACAAGAAAAACAAAAUAACACUGUAGGGAUAUAAAAAGCCACCCUCCCAUUUUUAGAUAACAAGAUAUAGCGAGGAAAAAGAUAGACAUCUAAAGAAAAGAAAUGGAAAGUAAAAAAAAACAUAUAUCACUGGGAAAUUGUAUAGAAAAUGUAAAAAUAUUUUUUAAAGAAAAGAAACUAUUCUUCAUAUUUCCUUAAAAAAAAGUAAUGUGGAGAAGUGAAAUUAUUUUGUCUUAAUUUUUAGUUCAUCGGGAAAUUUGUUUUUAUACAAACAGCAAACAGCUUUUACUUUGCAAAGCCUUUUCACCACUGAGGAGUUUUCCUUUUUACCUGCUGGUCAAUUUAAAUUUAAAUACAGGGCUGUUUAACUUAACCAUUUUAAUUGUUUCAAUCUGCUGUACGAAAGACAGAUUCACGAUUUAACGGAGCGCCCAUUUUGAUUAGCAAAAGUCAUCAACCGACAAAAAAUAGCGUCCAAUCGUAAAUGAAAUAAAUCGGAAAAUGAAAAAAGUUAGCUAAGCUAAAUUUCUAAAUCUCUUUAUAAUAGACUUAUGAAAAAAAAAGAAUGUUAUGUCAAACAGCUCCUUAAAAUUAUCAGCUGGAAAGUUGAUAAAAAGAUUUUUAACAGAAAGAAAUUACCAGUGACAUGAUAUAUUUUAAGUUUCUUUAUCCAUUUUUAGGGUUAUUCUAAUUGUUGUGUAAAUUAAUAUUAAUUAUAUUAUUACAGAAAAAAAUGAAUGAUUAUAUAGGAGUUUUUUGUCUCUUGAAUUGUAAAUAUAUUAUGAAUUCUUUGUAAAAGAAAACAAAAGGUCAAAGUCAUAUAAUUUUUAAAUGAUUUUAACAAAGGAAAAAUUAAAAAAAAAACACAAAAAUAAAUUGUCAGAAAUUGUAUUACCCCUUUAACAAGGCAAAAAAAUAGGAAGUGAGAGACAUCAAGAGAAAUAAAAUAUAAAUGUGUUAGGUAAAAGGAAUAUUACUAGGAAAAGAAAAAAAAAUCUGGUGAAAAUUAUCAAUAUUUAAAGAACAAAUUAAUAUCGAGAAAAAAUAUUCGGGAUUUUUCUCAAUUUCGUUUCUAAUAUUAGUUUCAUAUGUAUAUAUAUAUAUAUGCAUAUAUGUAUAUAUAUACAUAUAUAUCAUUCGUUUCUUGAAACUUGUCAACCAUGAGAAAUGCUUCGAUUAAUGUGCGAAGCAUGUGAAAUUGAAGAAAAUUAAAAAAAAAUUUUUUUUUUUAAAUAACUAAAGAAUAUAUCCAUAAAGUAGAUUAAUAGAAUGAUGAUAAAAAAAAGAUUUUUAAAUCGAUUUAAUAACACUUUAAGAAAUAUAAAUAAAAAAUAACUAAAAAAAAACAAAUUAGGUGACCAAACACGUAAAAUAAGUUGUAAAUUUAAAACAAAAAAAAAUAUUAAAGUCAUUAAAUCACUGUCUCUUUAAAAAAGGAAAAUUAAUCACGC